AUGGCGUUUUCAAAGAAGCGAGCAAGAAGUUUAGAUUCAAACGAAGCAGAAGAAGCACACCCGAAGAGAGAAUUCGACCUUAACAAAGAACCGGAAGAUGAAGACGAAGACGAAGCGGACCUGUACGAAGAAGCACCCCCGAAGAAAGAAAUUGACCUCAACAAAGAACCGGAAGACGAAGACGAAGACGCUAAUCAAGACAAAGCAAGAGAAGAAAUGGACGAAAUCGUUACUGCUUCGUUCGCGAUAAGCCACAUGGCGUUUAUCCGAGACAUAACCCAAGCUGAGAAUCAAAGAAACAUGCAACCGGAGACAGAGACAAACGAAGACGACGAUGAUCAGGAAGAAGAAGAAAGAGCUUCGAGCGAUGAAACCGACCUCAAGAACAAAGAAGCCGAGGAGGAUCAAGAUGAUCAGGCUAAAGAAGAAGUCGACCUAGACAAGAUCUUGGCCUCUGUAGUCAGGAGAAAACGUACUGAGAGGUAUGAAGUAAAAGUGGAGCCGAAAGACCAAGACGAAGACGAUUCCGAACAAACGUUGAGCUUACUUUGCCGAUGGGAAAUGCCGGCGAAUCCACCGGACAAGAUCAUCUACGGCGGCCUGGUUGAGCAAUGCAGCAGACCGAUUCGAAAGCAGCUGACGGAAAGUGACGUAAGCGUUGAAGAAGAGAGGAGUAGUAAGCUGACGUUAGCGAAAUCUCAAGCGGCGAAGAAGUUUCUGCCUCUUCUUAGUGGUAAAGAUGGGAUUGAGGUUUCGGUGUAUGGACCGGACGGGAAGGUUCAUGAGAUGAAGAUGUGGUUUGGUGAGCAUUCGUUUGGUUUGACGACGGGGUGGAGGAAGUUCGUCGGAGAUUAUGAGCUCAGGGAGUUUUGCGAUAUCGUCACGGUUUGGAUGUUUCGGCACUACACGACUCGAAAGGUUUGCUUGGCUAUUGACUCCAAAAGGUUUGUGUUCAGGAAACAGUUGAGUAAGAGGAUCUCUAUGGCUGCUUUCGAGGAUUCCGAUUGA